GUUCACAACAGACCGGUAAGUUGUUCACAGAAUUUUUGUUUCUUUGUUGCUUAUCUCAAAAGAAAAUGUAAAACGUCAUUUGUCUUCUUGUGCUGUAACCAAUUUCUUUUGUCUGCUGCUCAUUUGCAGAGAAAAUCAAAGAUCUCUGCAUCUCGCAGACUGGCUCUCAAGACAAAGCUGCUGAAAACGGCAGCUGUGAUGUUGGAUAAAGAGAAACAGGAAAAGAAGCGGGAGAGAGAAGCUACUCUGAGUGAGAGACUCCCUCCACUUCAGCUGUCUGGUUUGUCCAUGCAGGACCUUCAGGCUCUGUGUAAAGACUUGCACCAUAAGAUUGACGUGGUAGACGAAGAGCGCUACGACAUUGAAGUCAAGGUGAACAAGAACAACACAGAGAUUGAAAGUCUGUCUCAGAAGAUCUUUGAGCUGAAGGGUAAGAUGAAGCGACCUGCUCUCAAGAGGGUGAAGAUCUCAGCUGACGCCAUGCUUGGAGCUCUGCUGGGUGCUAAGGUGAAAGAGUCUGUGGACUUCAAGGCCAACCUGAAGACUGUGAAGAAAGAGGAGGAGAAGAAAGAGGAAGUGACUGACUGGCGUAAGAACGUGGAGGCAAUGUCUGGUAUGGAGGGCAGGAAGAAACUGUUUGAUGCCGGACAGUAGAUGAAUAUUUAUGGAUAUUUUAAGUACGAAUGCUGUUUUGCAGGGUUUUAGAGUAGAGAGGAAAACAGCGUUAACGCCACUGCGCACAAUUAGCAAGCACACUGCGCAACAUACAGAGAAAAGUUCAGAUUUAAAGGAAUGUGAUUGUAUAUUUUGCAUAGAGAUAAGUUGCACUGCGUGGUGGUUUUAUGGUGUCAGGACUUGUAAAACUGUCUAUACGUUUACCACAGAAAGAACAAAAGAAAAAUUGCUGUGUUUCUUGAUCUUGAAAUGUGUGGAAAAGACAGUGAUAAUAAAAACUUCUAAUCAACACGCAAAA